CCCAGAGGGAGCCAUGGCCACAGACAACCCCGUGGAAAGUCUCCAGGAGGAAGCGACAUGUCCCGUCUGUCUGGAGUAUUUCACAGAACCUGUCACUCUGGAGUGUGGGCACAAUUUCUGCCGAGCCUGCAUCACCCAGUGCUGGGAAGGAUCCGAUACAGCCGCCUCCUGCCCUCAGUGCAGAGAAACUGUGCAGCAGAGAAACCUCAGGGCCAACAGGCAGCUGGCAAAUGUUGUAGAAAUCGCCAAACUGCUGAGUUUACAGGCAGCAAAGGGGGCCAGAGGGGAUGGGGUGUGUGAGAGACACCAGGAGACUCUGAAACUAUUCUGCGAAGAGGAUCAAACCCCAAUCUGUGUGGUGUGUGACAGAUCCCGGGCUCACCGCGCUCACACAGUGGUUCCCAUAGAGGAAGCUGCCCAGGAGUAUAAGGAAAAAAUCCAGGCCCAUUUGCGGACCCUGAGGGAAGAGAGAGAAAAGCUGCUGGGAUUUAAAGAGGCUGUAGAGAAGAGAAGCCAGGAGCAUCUGAAAGAGGCGGAAACAAAGAGGCAGAAGAUUGUGUCUGAAUUUCAGCGACUGCGGCAGUUCCUGGAGGAACAAGAGCGACUCCUGCUGGCCCAGCUGGACAAGCUGGAUGAGGAGAUUGUGAAGAUCCAGAAUGAAAAUGUCAGUAAACUCUCUGAGCAGAUUUCCCAUCUCAGUGAGCGGAUCAGUGACAUGGAGGGGAAGUGUCAGAAGCCAGCAAGUGAAUUCUUGCAGGAUGUCAGAAGCACCUUGAGCAGAUGUGAGAAGAGGAAGUUCCAGCAGGCAGUGGAGAUUUCUCCUGAACUGGAAGUGAGACUCAGUGGUUUAUCCCAGAAGACUAUUGCUGUAAUGGAGACUCUGAGGAAGUUCAAAGACACUCUGCCGUCUGCACUGGAAACACCAAGAGGGGAACCCCUCGGAGCACACAGACAGGUGAAUGUGACUCUGGAUCCAGACACGGCUCAUGCCAUCCUCAUCUUGUCUGAGGAUUGGAAAAGUGUGAGAUGGGGAGACAUGCGGCAGCGACUGCAAGACAACCCUGAAAGAUUUGACUCUGAUCCCUGUGUGCUGGGCUGUGAGGGAUUCACCUCGGGGAGACAUUGCUGGGAGGUGGAGGUGGGGGGUGGGCGAUUCUGGGCAGUGGGGGUGGCCAGAGAGUCUGUGAGGAGGAAGGGAGAGAUGAACUGUAACCCUAACGGGGGGAUCUGGGCUGUGCGGCGGUGGUGGGGUCAGUUCCGGGCUCUCACCUCCCCUGUGACCCCCCUACCCUUGAGCUGGGUCCCCAGCAGGAUCCGGGUUUGUCUGGACUGUGACCAGGGGCAGGUGACAUUUAUCAAUGCUGGUGAUGGGGCCCCGAUCUUCACUUUCCCGCCAGCCGCAUUCAGUAGGGAAAGAAUCCGACCCUGGCUACAGGUCUGGGACCCAGACACCUGGCUCAGACUGUAUCCUUGA